AUGGAAUACGGCAUUGCCUGGAUGAAGGAGAAGAUCUUCGCUGAUCGGCUGCCCAAGUGCACGGCAUGCAAGAAAAUUGUGAAGCCGGAUAUUGUUUUCUUAGGAGAAGACUUGCCCGAGAAGUUCCAUAAAAGUUUGGAUGGAGACUUCAAGGAGUGCGAGCUGCUGACCAUCAUGGGCACCUCGCUAGAAUUGCAUCCGUUUGUAGCUUUGGCGCAUUUACCACCUGGAUGGAUGACCAAAAUGACGACUGUCUGCGGCAGCAUCCGCUUGGUACUUGGUUCACAAGAUCGGAAGUGA